CCAGCGGCCAUCUUUACUAACAGCAACAACUGCUGCUCCACUGAAGAAAGAAAAUAAAUGUAUUCUUUUGUAUUCUAGAUGUGUCAUUCAGGGGAACGCUUCUUAUUUGGCAGCCCAAAAAGUGUGGCAUCAUGACCUAGUGAUCUUUAUCUGGAGAGCUGAGAAACAGAGUCUGCUUCUGCUUUCACAGGCUGCAGUCUAAGCGUCCCACUAGUCGUCUGUGCCGCUGUGGUACUUUUCACAGAGAGCGAGAGACCCAUUCCUCUCUCCCCCCGAGGAGAGAUGGAGCCCCGGGGGAGUCUGGGAGUGGAGGGUGACGUGAGUGCUCUAGGGGUGCUGGUGCCGAGCCCACGGAGUGAAGCUGUGACCCAUGACCUGGAGGAACUGUCUCUUCAGCCCACUCAAAGCCUUCCACCCAUUAAAGAGCGCAAGAACGUGCUUCAGUUAAGACUGCAGCAGAGACGCACACGCGAGCAGCUGGCAGACCAGGGCAUCAUGCCACCGCUAAAGACACCUGCAGCUUUUCAUGAGCAGGUCAGAAGUUUGGAGAGGGCAAGGACUGAAAACUUCCUGAAACAUAAAAUCCGAAGCAGACCUGACCGUGCUGAACUUGUUCGCAUGCACAUUUUACAAGAAACCCAUGCAGAACCUUCUUUGCAAGCUACUCAGAUGAAACUGAAGAGGGCACGUCUGGCAGAUGACCUCAAUGAGAAGAUCGCACAGAGGCCUGGACCAAUGGAGCUGGUGGAGAAGAACAUCCUGCCUGUUGACAUUGUUGAUGAACUGGACGACUGUAACUUCAAUGAUGACAGCAGUGAAGCUCUUUCUCCAGAUCAGCCAGCUAGUCACGAGUCUCAGUGCUCUGCAUCUUCUCCUGUGGAAACCAGACUGCCUGAUUCAUCGUCUGUAUCGCCUCCGACCGUCUCCAAACUCCAGUGCUCGGACGUCCUGAGCCGAACUUCAGCAGAAGAUAGUAGAAUAAUAAUGAAUGCCACUCAGACCAUCACUGCCGCUGUUCUCACAAGACCCGGACCCACCCUCGUGAAGCAAAGCCAGCCCAAACUGUCCAGUGACAAGAGCCGCAGCAAAAAGAGUAAAGAACCCAAACCACGCAUUAAGAAGCUCAAGUAUCACCAGUACAUCCCACCUGACCAGAAGCAGGAGCCCAAUGAAACCCCGAUGGACUCGUCUUAUGCCAAGCUGCUUCAACAACAGCAGCAGUUUUUACAGCUCCAGAUUCUCAGCCAACAGCAACAGCAUUACAAUUACCAGGCCAUACUACCAGCACCACUCAAGCAAGUAGCUGAGAGUCCGAACAGCUGCCCCAACAUCACCCUGAGCACCAGCCCCAAUCUCCCUACUCCCAUUGUGGUGUCUCUGCCCAGUGUGGGUGCUUCACGUCCCAACAACACUCGUAAAAGCGGGUCUCUUCCCUCCAGCCUAGAUGAGAUGAAGGUGGCUGAGCUUAAGGCAGAGUUAAAAUUGCGUGGACUUCCUGUGUCCGGCACAAAGACCGAUCUGAUAGAAAGGCUCAAAGCUCACCAGGAGAGUUCUCAGAUCAUAGACACAAACAUUUCCAAAGCUUCUCUGCAACCUGAUAACAUGAGCACAACUCCACCGGUGUCUCCCGAGGCCUCCAAUGUCAGCAUGGAGGACAGCAGGGACAGUCCCACCAAAGCCCAAUGCACACUGUCUCCAGCCCAGCCUCCAGGAGGGACCUCACCCUUCAAACUUGUCCCUGAAGACAUGGACAUCAAGGUGUCUGAAAAAGACCAGCGCCUCCACGAGAAGGAGCGCCAGAUUGAGGAGCUGAUGCGCAAGCUGGAACAGGAGCAGCGGCUGGUGGAGGAGCUCAAGAUGCAGUUGGAGGUGGAGAAAAGGAGUGGAGGACACCAAGCUGAACCCUGUCCACUGGUCCAAGUCAAAGAGGAGAUUGGUGCCAGCCCUAGCUGCAACUCCGGACAGAGUCUGCAAGCUCCAGGUGUGAAACAGGAAGAGCCACAUACCCAGAUGACCCACGCUCAAGUGCAGCAGUUCUAUAUCAACACCCAGCAAGUCCCUCAAGUGCUGCAUCAGCAGGCACUUAUCAGCCCGCAGUCUGCCUCACAAAUCCUGCUACCCCUCAGCCUGCCAAGCAACCCCAUGAGCACAAAGGCACCAACUAUUCUCCAAUCAGCCAUGCCAAGUUUGGCUCAAAGCAUCAUACAGACUCCACUUCUGCAAACACAGACGUCCAAUAAUACGAUGCUACAACAGCAUUCAAAUCAGACACCUUCACCCCCUCAUGGUUUACCUUUGUGUGGAGGUUCACCUUCUGGGUUUGAGUACAGGCAGAGCCAGAACCAGCCCCAGUGCUUCAUCAACAACUCGCCCAGAGUCUCCCCAAGACACACAACCCCAAACGGACAGAUUAACAAUCCUCCCUCACCCUGUCAGCUCAACUACAUCCAUCAGCCAACGUCAUUCCCCAAUCACCACAGUCCGAAAAGCAAAGACCCACCCCGCUACGAGGAGGCCGUCAAACAAACCAGAGGCCUGCAAGCCCCAAUGCAGGUUCCCACUGCUACCAGUCAGCACAUGGACGAUUUGUUUGACGUCUUAAUCGAGAGUGGAGAAAUUCCACCUCUAUCCAGACAGGACCCAUCUCUGGACAAACUUCACCCAGUGACGGCCAACAUCACCACCCUGCCCAUCAACACGGUGCUAUCACGUCCUCCUCCACAGGUACAUGUGGCCCGUCCGCCCAACCAAACCCAUGUGCCUCCACUCAGCCUGGUGGCCUUGGCGUCCGAUAACCAGCUGGAGGCGCUUCUGGAGGACGCAGAACCGCGGACCCUGAGACUGAUGGAGGAGCUUAAAAACCAGCUUUUGGAGCGACCACACUCCCCAAUGGACACCUCAGAUCUGACUUUCACAGAUGCGCCGCCCACCGCCCUUCAAGUACCCGGUCUCGAUAACAUGGAGUGGUUGGACCUCACGAUCCCCGGUCCUGCUGGUAUCUCCUCUCCAAACGCAGUCUUUUCAUCAGAUUUCUUGGAUUCCACUGAUCUGCCGUUACACUGGGAAUGAGCUCACAAUGGAUGGACUGUUUUAGAGCUCAGUCGUUGGGUUCUGUGCGAAAGCCAAUGCGACCACUGAUAGUUUAGCAUCCACUUUUCUCAUUUGCGCAGGUUUGUGUGCCGUUAUUGUUACAAACACUUCUUUCAAGGCAGAAAAAGAAUGUAGAGACACUUUGUAUCACCUAUAUAUUUAGGCAGAGACCUGCUUUUUAGAUAUUUUGAAGCAGUUUUUGAAACUGUUGGCCUUUGGUAUCUAAAAUGUUUUGUUUUAGAUUAUGAUGAGUGUCUUUUUUUACUGACAGGAUAUGUAUAUUAGUUUCAUGUCACUCAUUUUGGGGAAAGUUAGGAUUAUAAGUGCAGUCGUUGUGCCUUUGCUAUUCACUUUGUCCAUGAACUGUAGUCAUUUAUUUUAAAGGGAUAGUUCAUCCUAAAAUUAUUCUAAACUUUAUCUUUCUUUUGUGGAAAACAGAACACAUUUUAAAGCUGUUUCAGUCAUUUGUCAGCUGAAGUCUCUUAAAGCCUCAUUCACAAUAUGAGCGAAUUUAGCUGUGGCGACCUGCUGCAAACUCAGGUCUACAGCAGAGAGAAUACAACCGGCCACUGAGCAAGCUGAGAGAGGAUCAUGUGAGCUCUACUGGUGCACCUAUUGGCUGUCACCAGGGGCGUAGCAACCGGGGGGGACGGGGGGGGGGGGGAUACGUCCCCCGCACUUUUAGAGACUGACCAUUUAGAAACAGGUGAUUAAGAAUGUAAACCUUUGGAUUUCAUACAGCUGUCCCCCCCCCACUUUUAAAAUGUCCACUACACCCCUGGCUGUCGCUCAAGAAAGUCGCUCUUCAUUUGCAUAAAGUUGAAGGAUUCUCAACUUCGAUGGUUGACACGCCCACCUGGUCGCCAAAGGUCACUGUCGCUCACGUAAGAUGUUGUCGCCGGAAGUCUCUCACUCUCCAUUUAAAUGAACAGUCUCUUGUCGCUUUGCUGCUGCGAGUCGCUCGUACUGUGAAUGAAGCUUAAAACUUUAAAGCUCCAAAAAAAUACAUAACAGUAGCUUGUAAGUCUUAAAAGUCCAAAUUUACAAUGUUUAUUUUGCUAGGAGACAUUGUUAUUUUUAGGUGAACAAUUAAUCCGUGAAAGUUAAUCCAUGGAAAAAUGGAUUCUAGAUUUUGGUAAUCUUUACAACUCCAAAUGCAGACGCAAAUGGUCAGAAUUUGAUUAGAGCUUCUCUGUUGACGUCAGUUUGACGGCUUCAGCCAAAAUAUCCUUAAUCAUGCACCAACUAGCUUAUUACAAGGAAACAAUUCAUAAAAAGGAAGUUCCAACCCUACUCAAUAUUCAGAUGGAAGUACUUCAAUAUACUGAAAUAAGCCACAGCACCUUCCGGUUUACUUUAACUGACAGACUGUAAUUAAAAAUGAUCAAUGUUAGUGUUACACGAUACCAAAAUUUUGACUUCGAUACCAUACCUAAAUUAAGUAUCACGAUACCAAUUCUAAAUUGAUAUUACACCAUCUUUUUUCUUUCAAAAUAUUAUUCAUUAAUAAACAGUGUUUGCUGUCAAGUUAAACAGAGUAGAACCAUUUUUAAAAAGUAAAACAUUUAAAAUCAAUAAAAUAGUUGCAGCUUUAAAAAUUAAAAAUAAAACACUAUAGACAGAAGUGCACAUAACUUUUUUGGUCUGGUUCUCAAAAAACCUGGAGAUGUUGCUUGGUUCUGUUCACGGUGGGGGGUAAUUGACGUGACAUGCAUUUUUAGCUGUCCAUAAUGUCAUCUGCUAAUAAAAAUUUGUUGAAAAGAUCUACAUUUACAUUGUUCCUCUGACAAGGUAUUAUUACAGCAUCCCAUAGCUUUAGAUGAUGUUUACAGACCGCUACUUACAUUUUUGUCAUGUUAAAAAAUAAUAAUUCAGGCAUAUGUCCUCCAUUUUCCCAAUAUAUUUAGCAUAUAUUUUAUUUGAGUGUGUGAGAGGACAACCCUCAGUUCAACAGCACACACACUCAGUUUGCGGUAGAAGAAGCACGCAGCCUCCACACUGCCCCUAUUGACGAGCACUCGAAACUACAGCUGUCAUUCAAAAGUAGCGGUACUAAAAAAUGCGGAAUCAAAUCGUUUUAAGAGCCAGGGUAUCGUGAUACUAUUUUAGUAUCGGUGUAUAGUGCAACACUAAUCAGUGUUCGCAUACGAAUAGCUUAUUAAUAACUUUAAAGUUGGCAUGAAAAUAAGUCCUAUUGUGAAUGAUUCACACGUCUGUGGGUUUUAUUUUAUAAAUCCCUAUUUUGAUAACUCAGAUAUACAUCACAAAUCAAGAAAAUGUCUUCCAUCAUGACAUUAAAGGUCUAAUCUUACUGAAUCUUCCGAUUAAACAAAAUAAGGGCUUAAACUUCACGUUGUACAUCAUACAAAGGAUCAUGUUCAUUUUGGAGCUUAAAAGUUUUAAAAUCUAACAUUCUUCGAAAUAACUUCAUUACAUUUUCCUUCGGCUUAGUCUGUUUAUUCAUUAGGGGUCUCCACAGUGGAAUGAACCGCCAACUUAUCCAGCAUAUGUUUUACACAGCGGAUCCAGCCACAACGGUAUUAAGAAAUGAAAUAACUUCUCUUGUGUUCUAUUAAAGAAAGAAACUCAUACAAGUUUAUAACAAUGUGAUGACUAUUACUUUAAUUUUGGGCGGAACUAUCCCUUUAAUUCUGUAGAGUUUGCAAAUGUCAAACAUUUGUGACAGAAACGUUGUGCCGUGAUAAUCGUUACAAAUAUGGCUCAUUAACAUUCGCCAUUAACUGCCAUUGUCCAUGAGCUGUUAGCCAUCACAUUAGGGUACUCAAUAAUGUGGCAGCUAAAAUAACAUAAAACAUUCAAAUUUAUACAGCGCACAAGCUGAGGAAGAACAGAGCCAGUUUGUUUACCAAACCCAGCAUGAGGCCAAAGAGAGGGAGGGGGAAAACCCACAAACAAACCUAACCAGUGGCCAUUAUCAUCCCUCACAAAAGAGCAGAGAUAGGAUGAACAGCAUUUCUCUCUUACAGACCAGACCAAACCAGCUGAACUGGCACAGUUGUGUGUCUUGACCAGGGAAACAACAUUGAACAGGACCAGUGAAAUUCCCAUAUUCAGAUAAGGCUGUAUUCGGAUUGGAGACUCUGCUAUACUGUACGUCAUUGUUUUUGGAUGUAGAUGUACUGCUGAGGCCAAACUUCACUGUAUUUCACAGAGCUUCUUUCUGCUUAAAGGAACACUCCACUUUUUUUUGGAAACAGGCUCAUUUUAUAAGUCUCCUAGAGAUAAACAAUUGAGUUUUACCAUUUUUGAAUCCAUUCAGCCGAUCUCUGGGUCAGCCAGGAACACCUUAAGCUUAGCAUAAGUCAUUGAUUUGGAUUAGACCAUUAGCAUCUUGCUCAGAACCUUAGUUUUAUUAAAGCUUGACUCUUCUGUAAUUACAUCAUGUACACGGAAAAUGAAAAGUUGCUAUUUUCAUCAUUAUGGCUAGGAAUUAUAGGCUACAUCCAAAAUUGCCUACUAAGUAUAUACUACAUUUGAAUUAGAAUUUACUACACGACCAUUAGAAAAGUGUGUUCUAUAUAGUAUGAAUGUGAGUUGUAUGAGUGAAACUCGGACGUACUCCAUCCACUAUUUGGCAUGAUCAUGUGACCUACCCGCAUCAGUUGUGUCAAUUCACUCCCAUUCAUAGAUUCUCUCACAUGGCAUGAUGGGAUAGCGUACCAUCCAUCUUGCUGGUGGUAGUAGUAGGUCAUCUCGGUACUUCUUGCAUAUUGUUUAUCAAACAUUGGACUUUUGGACAUACUACUCAGCUUGCAUACUGUAUACUGUUAUUAAUGUACUAUAUAGUAUGGAAGUAUGCGAUUUCAAAUGUAAUGAUAUUCUCAGUCCAGCAUAAUCUGCUUGUUAGGUGUGACAUCACGUAAAGCGGCUUCCGGGUCCAACCACUCUUUCAAACUGUGUGGGGAGAUUCGACAAAUGGUAAUAAUAAACGUUUACAAAGCGAUGUAAUGCUUUCAAAAAUCACAAUUGCUAUAUAUAUAUAUAUAUAUAUAUAUAUAUGCCGAAUAUCCGACCGCCAGAAAGUGAUCAUCAAAAUUAAGAUGUAAAUAUAUAUUUAUAAUGUUAAAAUAUUGGUGUCCAGAGACUAUCUAGUACACCGUGAUUUUAUAUAAAAUUCACUUUAAUGUGUGAUAGGACUAAAAAGUGGUAAUAAACGGAUAUCUUCUCAAUUCAAAUGAGUAGUGGCUUGAACCCGGAAACCGAAUUCCAAACGUCACCGAUACGUCAAGACUUAAACAGAUAAUCAAGGGCUUCGUCCGAAAUCGCAUACUUCCAUAUUUUAUAGUACGCUAAAAAAGUAUGCAAGCCGAGUAGUGUCCACAUACAUAGAAUUUUUUUAAAAAGUAUGCGAGAAGUACCCGGAUGACCUACUACUGCCGAUGAGAUUCUGAAGUGUGCAUAUGAUGCCCUGCGAGAGAAUUCACGCAACUGACGCGGGUAGGUCAUGUGAUCAUGACAAAAUGGUGGAUGUAGUACACACGAGUUCCAUUCAUACUGUACAGAACAUGCAUUUCUAACGACCAAGUAGAACAUUUAAAUUCAAAUGCAGUACCUACUGAGUAGUAGGCGAUUCAGGAUGCAGCCAAGAACUAGUACCUAGUUGGGGACUAUUUUCUGGUGCUGCGCAAUAUCACUCCGCCUGCUGUAGUCAUGGUAGGGCAGCAAAUUUGCUUGAUUAUUGUAAUAGAUCCUAGCCUUAUCAGCCUAGAAAAUAGCAACAUAAUUUUCUGUCAGUCUUACACAAUAUAGCUAGAAAAGAGUCAAGCUUUUGAACAAGAUGCUAAUAGUCAAUGAUUUAUGCUAAGCUAAGCUAAAAGUGCUACCACCAGACCUGGAAAUCAACUGAAUGAAUUCUAAAGAAUCUUACCCCCCCCAAAAAAGGUGGAAUGUUUCUAUAACCACUGAAAUGCAGGUGACAUCAAGCCUUUGUGAAUGUACUGUAGCUAAAGCGCAUCUUCUCCAGUUAUUCGCAAGAAUUUUAAGAGUAUUUUUCUAUAAAAUGUAGCGACAUCUGCUGGAGCAUUAUGAAACAUCUGAAUGAUUUUCUUAUCACCACUGUGUUUUGAUUUAUCACUCUAUAAUCUGUUUUGGCAAAUAUUAUAGCACAUUUCUCCCUAGACGCUCUGUGAAAACAUGCCAAUAACGCCAAAUAGUACACCUACUUGAUCUUAGACUGAGCCCGUUGACAUUCAGUUCUUUCUCCAAACGUUGUCAAAAUGAAAGAAUGUAUUUCUAUGUUUAGAAAUGUAAUUUUGUAAAGGGAUACCACGGUUCUGUCUCUAUCAGAGACCCAGCGCUUUUAGUUUUUUAAAUUUACCACAAAAAAAUCAUAUAUUUUUAUCACAUUUUAUUUCUCUAUAAAUAUUUUUUAUACAAAAAAAAGACCCAUGGUGGAGCAAAAUCCUAUCAUCAGACCUGUAGCGAGGUGUACUUUUAUCAAGCUUAUUCAACAGAGUAAUUGCUUUGCUGUGAAGAAAACAAAAUGUUGAAAAUGUACUGACCAGCGUGAUGUAGAUGGUAUGCCUCAUAUUUUGCACAGUGUAUAUAUUUUUACGCAAAUGUAGGCUAUUUGUGCAACUGUAAAUACUUUCUCUUUGUGUAUAUAUAUCUUUAUUGUAUAUACAGCCUUUUAUCAUUAAAAUAUUUCUGCAUUUGAAACCAUCAAA